CGAGCAGCCUCAGAGUGAGAUGAAGGAACAUCCUGAGGGGAUCAAUCGGCAUCAGAUCUGUCACACCUUUUACAAUGAAACCAGUUGGAUCAGCUGAUGCAGAGGAGCUCAGACUAGCAGUACAAUUUGAGAUGAAGAGGAGAGCCUGAAUACUUUUUCCACGGAACAAACCGAAGGUGGUCAUCAUGUCUCUGUGGAUGAUCCUUCCCGUCAGCCUGCCUGUCUUCACUAUCACUGGGAUAUGGGUCGUAUAUGCAAUGUCCCUGUACAACCAGCAUGUCUGUCCUGUCCAUAACUGGCUUUACAAUGAGUCAUGUGAGGAGCAGCUCCCACUACAGAGGGGUCCAGUCCUGUGCUGCACCCUGGACAACAUACCACUCAUCAGUAAAUGUGGAACCCUGCCACCUGAAAGCUGCUUUUUCAGCCUGAUAUGCAGCACUGGAUCCUUUAUGGUGAUGCUGAUUGCUCUGCUGCGUUACGCUCAUGUGAUCGAGAAGCACCAGAACUGCAUCCUCAACACGGCCGGCCUCUCCAGCGCCUGGAUCUGUGCUGCAGGGCUCAUCAUGGUGGGAAACUUCCAGGUGGAUUUUGCCAAAGUCCUCCAUUACGUCGGCGCUGGAGUGACCUUCCCCUCCAGCAUGCUGUUUGUGUGUCUGCAGUCGGCUCUGACCUACAGACUGGCUAAGACCCAGGAGGAGUAUCGGAUAGGUCACCUGCGGGUGGGGAUGGCCCUGCUGGCCCUCGUCGCUCUGGUGCUCAGUGGAGUUUUCUUUUGCCAGGAGAGUUUCGCCCUGCAACAUGCCUCCGCCAUCUUUGAGUGGAUCUACUGCAUGCUCAUCAUGCUCUUCUACGGGACUUUUGCCUUUGAGUUCGGGGACAUGUCGGGGGACACACUGAUGGUGCUGUCCGGAGGAGGAGGAGGAGGAGGAGGAGGGGUAAACAGCUUCUCCACAUCUGGACACAAGACAGAGGUGAGCAGCGGCUCCAACCACCAUCAGCCGGAGAGUUUAUCGAUGCUGUAACCACAGUGUGAACAAGCUUCAGGAUCCCUGGAGGUCAAAGGGCGACACAUACUGUAUGGAGGAUCUGAUUAUGGAUGCUCUUGCACACAGCAGUAACCAAAUACUUUUAUCCUGCUUUGCUUAAUUUAUGUGCAGGCCACAGCUGCAGAACAUUGCACAAUAAUGCAAGUGCCUUUUGAACCCUGACAGAGAUCCACGUGCACACACACACACACACACACACACACACACACACACACACACACACACACACACACACACACACACACACACACACACACACUCGUGUGUUUGUUUUAAUUCUCUCAAUGUAACAAUGCCUCUCUGCAUUCUUGGCCAAAGUCGCCUUUCAUCAGACCGAACCUCCUGAACUCGCCUCAGAUGUAGCGCCGUCAGUUUGUUUGAAUGUUUAGACGUUCAGAACACCGAGCUCCGUGUUUUUUACUCAGGAAGUUUUUGUCACAUAAACCGCUUUUGCCUAAUGUAAGGGAAAGUUUUCCAAAAGACAAUGGAUGGACUAAAGGUAACCAUGUGCCAAGAAUAAUCAUUUUUAUAGCAGGUUUAUCUGCCCUAUGUUGAACAGUUUAUUUUAUAGUUUUUUAUGAUAUCCAAAGAAACAUUUUGUGCGACUUUUUAUGGGGAUAUUGCCAGAGUAGCUGUCUCAUAUUAAAGCUCUUUUGUAUAUUUUGUUGUAUCAGCUCUUUUCCAAAGAUAUGUAUCAUUGCUCUCAGUAACAAUGACAGUUUUACAGUUUGAAUGGGACCAAACUAUCCGUAUUGUGAUAAUACGCAGACAUACUUUUACAAGAAUAAUGUAUGCAGAGAACAAAAAUAAUUAAAGCAAGAAAGAUGUAAUGCC